AUGCGUCCCCCUCCUCGACCUUUCCGCUCAAGCGAUCCCUCAAAGACCAAGAACCCUGCCGCCUUGCAAGCUUCGAUGCAGACUCUGCAAGGGAAUCGAAAGGUCGGCGGUGUAUACGACAGUCGAUUGCCAACGUCGCACUUGACCGCUCGGAGGAUGUUCGACCGAGUUGCUACACUGAUGACAGGCAUCUCCAUCGGCGACCGCAAAUACUCUACAUUCCAGCAAGCUACCCAGCCCGAUGUGCCACACUGGCCAGUUAGUGUUUUCUCGGCAAUAUUCACAUAUUUCAGCAAGAAGAAGAUGUCCGCCCCCAAGACAAAGCUUCACGCAUGUAAAUUACUUAACAAGCCCAUACCACACGGCAAGAGAGUCAAGGCUCGGACGGUUUUGCACCGGUUUUAUUCCCUGUGCGCCACAUACGAUCGAGCUCGAGGUGAACCGAUGGACCCCGGCAUUCGUCGCAGUGCGGAGUUGGCGGUGAAGAGCAUCAUUGCUUCUGCUAAUCUGGAUCGCACGUCGUCUGUCCGAGCAGCUAUCACCCCGAUCACCAUGCAGUCUCUGGUGGAAGAGAGCUGCAAACUGGAAAUUUGCACUGAUGACCUUCUCCAGCUCCUGCUCUAUACUGCCAUAGCAACAUCGACAGGAGUGCGACCAUCUUCCGUACUGCGAUCCUGCUCAAAGAAGGUAGGUGACCAAAGCCCCCAACGACUGGGAUGCCGCUGGAAGGAUUUCCGUAUCUGGCUCCUGAAAGGAGAAACACGCAACACCGUGAUGGCAUGGUACAAAGUGCCACACGGCAAGACAAUAAACUCCGCGAGACUUUUUUUCCCCCUGCGCGAAACAAUCAACAUUGCUUUCUCUGCUCCAUGGCUGCUGCUAUUACUUCUCGAUCGGCGUGGUUUGCUGCAAGAAUAUCAGCUAGAUGACCUACUGGACCCUCGGGUGCUGAAUGGCAAACCUUCUAAAGAGAUUUGCUUAGAUCCUUCAAGGUCCAGCGAAUUCGUAUUUCUCGACCGCCAGGGGGGAAGCCGUACUGCCUUCUGGAUCAACAAACAGCUAAAGCAAGUCUCCGUUCAGGCUGGAUUCCGCAAGCCUCUGACUACUUAUGCUUUCAGGCACAUGGUGGCUUAUGAGCUAUUCAAAAAGGUUGAUGAGCGGAUCCUUCAGCUGGUGCUUGGUCACAACUUUGGCUCUGGCGCGACAUUCACCUAUCUCGGUCGCUGCCGGAACGUUGACGACGCGAGACAUCUGACCGGCAACGAAGACCGCUCCUCCAUGAUGGAGGCGGUUCAACGGACUUCGGCGCUCCCAGACUCGCACGCCCCACAAGAGCUUACGCCUACACAGUUGGAAAGCUUGAAAAGCGAUACGGAAUUGACCAGAUUGCGGGACGAACAGCGCUCAUUAGAAGCAGAGAUAUUUGAAAACCACGGGGAUUUGGCGUCGGCACCGAAAGAUUUACGUCAACGGCACCUAUUCCUAGGCUUCUCUUACCUUCAAUGGCACCACAGACUGCAGGAAACGAUGCUUGAUCUCGUGCGCGAGGACUAUUUUGCCGGCAAAGAGAUAUGGGGCGAAGAGGAUGCACUCAACGCUCUCAGCGGAGACACCAUUUGCAUCAGGGACAUUGAAUCCGCGACCGGCAGAUGGGCAGUUCAGGAGCAGGCAAACAGUGACCCGAGCGAAGAGGAGUCCGCGAACGUGGGCCCUUCGGCCAAGUUAGGCGGUGGUCAGUGCGAGAACUCGGCCUCGUUGCUCGCGACCGCCCUUAAGAGCAAACCGGAAAAUUUUGCCCGCGUCAAGAAGCUUUUCGCUGAUGUAGAGGCAGAGCGUAGGGGUCGGGCAGAUGGUAGCAAGGGCAAGGCAGAAAAGAGAAAACGGCGCAGCCACCAUUCCACCAAGCUGGCGAAAGGAAAGAGUCGGCAAGAUGAUUGCGACAGCGAUGAAACACGGGCGGGGACGGACGAAGAAGGGGCGACUGAGAAUGAUGAUGUCUGGGAUGAGGAGGAGGACGCAUUGGCCAUGGAUGUCUCUAGCGGAGAGGAGGACGAAGAAGCGGAGGAGCUAGAGGAAUGA